GUCACUUUUUUCUCAAUUAUUUCAUUUUAUCGAAUGCCCUUGAUUUUUUAGUUUGUGAUUUUAUUUCAACAAACGAUCAUUUUAUAAAUGAUCAAAAAUACCCUUAAAAUGUGGCCUAAAAUCAUUUUAUUCGGUGAUUCACAUACACAACGUAGUUUUGAUCCAAACAAUGGAUGUUGGGGUGCUUUAUUAGCCAAUAAAUUUCAAAGAGUUUGCGAUAUAGUACCGAGAGGUUUUUCGGGUUACAAUACCAGGUGGUGUAAAAUGAUAAUGCCGAAAAUAUUCGCACAAUUUAAAGCUGAAGAGAUUGCUUGUGUAACAAUUUUACUUGGUUCAAAUGAUUCGGUACCAGCUUCAAGUGUUACCGGACAACAUGUACCCGUUGAUGAAUAUCGUAAAAAUCUGAUAGCAAUGUUAAAUCAUCUAACAUCCAAAGGUAUUGAUAAAGAUAAAAUCAUAUUGAUUACACCGCCACACAUGCAUCAAACAAUAUUCAAAGCUUGGUCAUUCGAACAAAAUCGUCCUAUCAUACCGGAAACAUGGGAAAAAGAUCUAAUCAAAUAUGUGGAUGCUUGUCGAUCGGUUGCAAAAGAAAUGAACAUAUCAUUAUUAGAUCUAUACAAAAUUUUUAUGGCCGUUAAAGAUAAUAAUGAAAAAUUAUUCAAUGAUGGUUUACAUCUAUCACGUGAUGGUGGUCAAUUACUUUAUGAUAAUUUAUUACCAUUAAUAACUGAACGUGUUGUUCGUAUCACCGGUAAACCACUUACCGAUCAAUCGAUGCAAUAUCCUUAUUGGAGAGAUGUGGAUGUUAAUAAUCCGGAAAAAUCACUUCUUCGUCCUUGAAUUGUUUGGAUUAAUGGA